UCAAACAAAUUAUGCUGUCAUGUUGCUACGCAACCGCCACGAUUGCUGCACGACGUUCGCCAAACGCUCUGGUAGCCAGGUCGUCCUUCUUAGGCGAAAUCUAGAACGAAUCUCUGUCAGUUCAGCGCGGAAAGCACACCGAGCAACGUCGAUCGUCGCAUACAACGAUGUCUGACGGCAUUAGGAGAGCACGAAGCGUACAGCUGAAAUACUUGGCAACGUUGCACCAGAUUGGGAAACCGCUGGAGGAACCGAUCGUUGGUAGACAUUUCAAGCUUCCGGAGCGACCACGACCGGCAGUACAUCCCGUGUUCGAUAUGUCACUGCUAUAUAUUCCAAUCUAUUGCCACCUUGUGCUACAUCCACCGGAAGAGAUUUUACGUCCACCGACGCCGGAACUAAUUACGCGAGCCCGUAUGGAGAAGGCGGUAGAAAAUUGGAUGGAUUGAUCGAUGUCGCUGUCCAAAAUGACCAUAUUCUAUAAGAGACCUUCAGCUUCUAGUUCUGGAAUUGGGUAUACGGUACACGUGAUAUACAUUCUUAAAUGAUAAUUCGUAA